CGUCUUAGAAUUUGUUCCUCAACGGAUCUGCUUCAGUGACUGGAGCCUAGCAGCACAUAGGAACGAUGCGAAGGAGGGUUGGUAGACUAUUAGAGUAGGCUACAGGCUACGCAAGAUCGAAUCAUUAUGGAUUUUGAUGAGCGGGUCCCAGUUGGGUCUAAUAUGUAUUUGCCCGGCAGCUGCACCUAUUACGUCUCGGGAACAGACUUCUCAAGCCUCCCUCCUUUUUUGUCCCACCAGAGUCAGUCUUCUUGUCCCAUGACAUAUUCCUACCCAUCCUCAACUCUGCCACAGCUUCCGUCUGUCAGAGAGGUAGCUUUCAGGGACUAUCAUGGCAUUGGUAGCUCCAGUAAAUGGCACCACCAUAGGGGCGGUAUGUCACACUGCUACCCCACUGAGGACACGGUGCAUAGGGACUGUCUAUCAAGCUCGACCUCCUUGGGGGAAAUAUUCACGAGAAAUAACUCCAGUGAUGUCUAUCACACCAGCAGCUCCAAUCCUACAUCAAGUCUCCAGGGCAGUGUGAGUAGGAAUGGAGUGUUACCGCAAGCCUUUGAUCAGUUUUUCGAUACGGCUCAAGGGAGAGCAGACACCACACCAACAAGCGAACACUCCGUGGACGGAACUGCCACCAAACAAUCUAUAGUUCCGGUGACCGGUUCCGACAAGUACCGGGAUACAGAGGAGAGACCGCCGGGCGAGGUGAGCUGCAGCCCCGUGUCUUCUUCCGGCAACAAUGAGGAGAAAUAUAGCGCCAGCGGUGGACAGAGAACCCGUAAGAAGAGAUGUCCAUACACCAAAUACCAAAUCAGAGAAUUGGAGAGGGAGUUCUUUUUCAGUGUUUACAUCAACAAGGAGAAACGUCUUCAACUUUCGAGGAUGCUCAAUCUCACCGACCGCCAAGUUAAAAUUUGGUUUCAAAACAGGAGGAUGAAAGAGAAGAAACUGAACAGAGACCGUUUGCAGUAUUAUACCACGAACCCUAUGCUGUAACACUGGCUGAUGGAUGUCGCCUCCCCUCAGACAAGGCAUGCAUGAAGCUCAUUUCAAAUUCGUUGGUCUGCAAAUUCCUGAUUACACCCCUCCCGUGAUGGACAGUCAUUUGUAGAUGUAUUUGUCCAUCAUACUUAAUUUGUUGAGAGUAAUAUCUAGUGUAAUAUUAUUAUUAUUAGGCCUAUUGGCCUAUUUUAAUUGUAGGUGAUUUCCUUGUUGAUCUUUUGAUCUUGCUAUUUGUUGUUGUGAAAGUGCGGUGUCACCAAAACAGAACAUAUAUCUGCUCGAAUCCUAACUUGCGUAAAAGUGACAUUUUCGAGCAAAUGAUUUAAUUGUCAUCAAUGCAUAAUGCAUGAAUUACACGAACGUUAGAUUUACGCGCGCCCAUUUCAUAUCAAAUUCGACAUUUAACGAUGUAACAUAUUUAACAACCUGUAUCUUUACAUGUAUUAUAUAUAUACCUACAAAAGGUACAUACCUUUUCCAUGACGAGAAGGCAUGAUUUAUCCCUAACUUUGUUGGUUGUUUGUUGUCGCCAUUACACACGCACAGAAGGACUAGGCUAUAGUUUAAAAUAGGCCUGUUAUUUAUGCAUUGAUUUCCAUUGUUUUUGUUCUCGUGAAAUAUUCGACAUACAAAGGUUAUAUUGUAAAAUUGUUCAAUCAUCCCUGAUACUUGAAAGUGUUCGUUUUGUUUAUGUUCUCAAUGUCGGAACAUAUCAGCUAUUUUCCUGCGUUUUUGGCAAGAGAAAAGCUGCUCCAAUACAUUGAGCUAUUGGGACAUUUUAGUUCUUUGUCUUCAUUUUUGAGCCAAUUCAAAUGUUCCUCGGUGUAAAUAGCCUACGAUGGAUUUUGGAAUGAUUAGGCCCUAUAUAGGCUUAGCCUAUUUUACACACCCUAUUGGAGACAUACGAGUCACAGGUCGAGACCUUUCCGUUUGUUUUCUUAGUUUAUUUUCUAAAUUGGAUGAAUGGGUCUAUAUGUCUCGAGAAAAUAUAUCCUUGUAUGAUUCUCGACAUAAAACCUGGCUGCGUGGGUCAUAUCAAAUGUAUGAUGUAUUUGACUUUACAUUGCCCCCAUGGGCCGAAAUGGGAUCCUAUGCCAUUAAUGUUAAAUAUCCAUUACGGAAGUUCCACCCAAAAGGUUGUCUAGCACGUUAUUUUAUUCAACUUUAUGUACCAUGCUAAACCAUCUAUCACCGGACGACUUUUAUAUACAAUCAACGUCUGGAGUUUAAAUGUCCCGCGUUUAAGUUUAUUGUUUCAAAAAUAAUACUAGGCCUAUAAAAAGAGAAUGUAUAGCCUACUUUAAAUAAAUACAGCAUAAUGCUUAAGGUAGCCUAUAUUUAAAAUAAACUUGAUCAGUUGUUGUUUUAUUAUAUUGCCAAAUGUUGACAUUAGACCUACUGAUUGUGUAUUAGGCCUAUGUGUAAAAUUGGCUCACGUUUGUCAAUAUUUCGGUUAAUGUCUUAUAGUUCAAAGCCUAUGGGCGUUCAUGAAUAGUGGGCUAGUGAAAACACCAAUUAAGAGUGAUAGCAGCAUGAAGCUAGUGUAGAUGGCCGGCUGCAGCCAGUCCGGGUGAUGAUGGUCUUGGGCCGUGCAUCCUGUCCGGUCAGGCUAACCGGAAUGCCGCCUUUACGGACACAUCCUCCCUGUUGCUGCAGCAACUUGGCCAUAAAACGCGUCUUCGUCUGGAACAUUUGUACAAUUGGAGUGUAGUGCAAUAAACCGUCUGAGACCAAGGUUAUUAACUGUGACUAAGGGCUUUAAAAACAACGGCUGCCUGCCUGGGAGCAUUGAAAGCUUGUGUUCGCGGACUUUUCCUGCUUCAUUUGUCUCAGCAGCUCAGCGUGCACGGGCAGGAAUAUAUUCAGGAUGGAAUCUGCAGUUCGAACGUGGUUGUUUGUUUGUUCCACUGGGAGGCGCUGCUCGGAUCAAUGUCAUGGAUCAAUGCCGUGGAUGUGGACGGAACUCUGGCCGAGACUCUACUUCCCAUGCAUCAAACAUCCAAAGAUUGACAGACUCAUUACAUUACAGGGUUUCAUUGUUCAGGUAAUUAUCCCGAUGUGUGUAUAAUUGUUACAUAUUCUCUUAUUUUUAUCGAAAUAUAUUUCAAAAUGC